CCACUAUCAUCUCUGGGCUUAAUUAUUACGAAAACCUCAACGACAUCAUUUCAUUCUUUAAUUGCGCAUAUCUCAAACUCACUUGCUUGCCUAUAUAGUCCCAACAGUUACAGAAAACUCAUUGGAUGACAAGAUGAGAAUCUCUACAAGUCUAAUCCAUUUCGGUGCGAUUGCCUGGGCCAACGCUGCGCCGGCUCUUUGGCCAAUAAUGAUAGCAGCGACUGUCAGGGAUGCGCAUCCCGUCUUGGAAGGAUCCCCGCAAGGAUUGAUCAGAAUGCUCAAAAUGCUCAUCGAGGACAAAGUUGCAUUCAAAUGUGCGAUGGCCGGGGAGGAAGCCGGGAUGGCUUUCGGUAAAGCCUUUCGUCGUACUAAAGGGGCACCUGAGGUAAUUGGGGAAGUGGGGUCGAUCACUAAGACCUUGAAUGAAAGUAAUCCCCCCUCGUCGAAAAUCGCUUUGAAUUCAAUCCAAUCCACACGUGGUGCAGCCAGUCACGUCACCAUAGCGACUUGAAAAACUGUUCAAAAUUUUGAAGUGUACAUGAAGGUCUCUUCCAGUGUUUCUGGUCUUCAAAAGCAUCAAAAACUAUCCCUCAUCAAGCCCAAAAGUUUUCUUUUGUUGUCCCCACAAUAUUAUUUCUGGAAAAAAAAUUCUUGCCUGCCCCCUCUUUUUUUAUUCAUAAAAGUGGGAUAUCUCAAGUGAUUUGCAAUCCUCAAUAUUAUUCUCUUUGUGCAAACAAAUACUUUCCUUAUUCUUGCCCUAAAACAAGCUUCAUUCACUAUAUCAAUAUAUCA